AUGGGGGAGGCAGCGGAAGAGGAGGAGAGGGCGGAGGAGGAAGCUAAGGGAUCUGUUUCCACGGGACAGUCGUUGAUACCAUCACAGAGAGCACCCUUCACGCAGGAGAAAGCGGAUGAGGAGGAGGAGGGGGAGGAGAAGGGGGAGGAGGGGCAGGAGAUGAAACCAGGCGGGCAGGUUGCCGGCUCGUUCUGUGUUUCUGAGAGGUUUCCAUCACUAUUAACUUGUCUCCUCUGCUCCCCCCUCCCCCUCCCCCUCGACCUCCCCUGCUCCCUCCGCCUCCCCCACUUCCUCCCCCGCCCCAUCCUGCAGUGGCGUCUUCCCCGCACACGCCACGUCGCUCUCGUCCGACCCGUCAGCGCAGUCCACGUGGCCGUCACACGUCAUCCACGUGCUAAAGCACGCGCUGCCAUCCGCGCACGCCGUCUGCCCCGCCAUGCAGGGCGCGGGACACGUGGAACCCACAUCCACGCACGUGCCUCCCGUCCCCUCGCUAUUGUCACUUUCACUGGUGCUGCUGCUGCUGCUGCUGCUUCUGCUGCUAAUCUUGCUACUGCUGCUGCCGACGCUACUGCUGCUUGUGGCGGUGCUGCUGCUGCUGCUGCUGCUGCUGCUGCUGCUGCUGCUGCUGCUAGCGCCGCUGCCGCUGCUCGAUGUUGUACGCAAGGCCGUUAUGCGCGCCCCGUCCGCGCCCGUGACCGCAAUCCGCGCGCCGUAGCACCGCCGCUGCCCGCGCGGGCACGGCGGGGGCGCGGUGAUGAUCGAGGGGAGGUCCUCUUGCGCCCACGCCACGAGGAUGGCGGGGGAGAAGGCGGAGAAGGGGAAGGCGGAGAAGGGGGAGGCGGAGAAUGGGGGGGCGGAGGGGAAAGGGGAGGGGAGCGAGGGGAAGGGUGCGGAGAGGAGAAGCAGGAAGACGAGGAGUGCGCGGAUGGGAUGCGCGAGGAAGCCGAGCGUGGAAUGCGGCGGAUGACGCGGAGAGACUGGCCCAUAGCGAAGAAUGAGUCGUACCCCCUGGACAACAGCGGCAAGUGCGCUCUGGGCAACAGCGGCGUGUCGAGCCGCCUUGACAAUGCGAACAGCACGAAUUUCCUGCCCUCUCGUCCCUUGCUCUGUCGUCGCCUGCUUUGUCGUCGAGGCGCGCAUCUCCUGGAACCGUGA